AUGACGUCGCACGGCGGGGAGCUCCAGUGCCGUAGGGAUGUGAACCGCCUGGACGAGCACUCGAGCCCCUCCGACUACCUUGCCACCGCCGGCAAGAAGGGGAUUCGGGCAUCUAUCAAGGGGGAUCAAAUCGCAAGCAUCGACGACAUAGUCGGCCAGCCUGGUGCGGAAGAUGCGGCCUUCACGGACACUUCUUUCGCCAGCAGUCUUACGCGUGAGUCGCUCAACGAGCUGCAGAUGCAGGAGGACAUGUCGCGUUGCGCCAAGGGGGCCAACAGGACGGGGCAGGGCAUGAGGCGCCGGAGCGACAUUGACGAGCGGCAGCAGUACACGCUGCUGCACUACAGCGUGCCUCAGCAGCUGGAGCUGCUCGACGAGCUGAUCCGCAGCCUCGGGCAGUGCUACCCGCGGUGGAAGCACCGGAGGUUCGGUCUGCAGCGUUUCUACUGCCACAUGUUCAACAUCCACAUGGACCCCAUUGCCCGGAGCAACUACGUGCAGCUGUUUUGCAACAUCUGGGACGGCUUCGAGAAGACGGGCAUCAACAGCUGGAGCAGCGGCAACAUCUGGCUGCAGCUGCUGACGCACGAGUACCAGGUGCACAGGGCCAAGCCGAACGAUUUCAUCGUGCAGCGCGAGUACUCCAACAGCAAGCGCGUGGAGGAGGUGCUGCAGCAGUUGGACGAGAUUUCGAGCUGCUUCUGCAACGAGCGUUGCGCGAUGGACUUCAUGCGGCACUCGUCGUACUGGGGGCCCACCGCGCAGACCACCGUCACGCAUGAGGAGGAGCCGGUCAAGGAGCCCAUCAGCGCUUGCUUCGCCAACACCGACAACUUGAAGAAGGGCCUGCACACCUCUAAGAUAAACACGAUCGCGAGCUUCUACCAGGAAAGGGGGAUCAUUCACAACUUCACGCGGCCGUACGAGCACGGCGUGCAGGUCACGCCCAUGCCGGGGUUCAGGCGGUCGGUGGUGUGCCUGAGCUGCGGCCGCGUGUGCUGGUGCUCCUGCGAGCGUAAGCUGUUCAGGAACUACCGCGAGGAGAAGGAGCCGGAGGAACCAGACCACGUGUCAGUCGCGACCGAGAGCGGCGAGUCGCAGUCCGAAAAUCGCGACCACGAGUACGAAGAGGUCGAGAAGGAGUGUCGCGAGGCGGAGGCGCCGGAGGAGGACGAGGAGGAGGAGCAGGAGGAAAUCACCGACAUUCACGAGUUCGUGAACACCCUGCAGAACAAAAAACAAUCGCUACAUCCCAACAUUGCCAAAACCGCCAUCACCGUGUCCAACGCUAGGAAGGUGGACUCCGGCAUCAUCCUCUGCUACCACACGAACGAAGCAGAGGAGUAUAUGAGCGAGCCCGCGUCGCCGUCCGACCUGAAGCAGCAGCUGCUCCGCGCGACGGUGCUCCGAGGGAGCGUCGAGGACAUCUUCGACGCGAUAAAGCCGCGCAUGGGCGACUUCCAGCUCCCCGAACACACACACGGGAUUUUCGAGGAGUGGCGGAAGGUGCCGCUGUACCGGAGCUGGCGGCGGUGCUGGUGGCGGCUCGUGGGCAAGGGCGCCAUGGACACGUCCGACGACGCGGUGCGUCCGUUCGUGCAGCGCGCGCUCGAGCGUCUGGACGCGCUGGGCAACGUGAGGUACAACCUGGAGUGCGGCUACGUGGCAGUGGGCUAUUUGCAGAAGAGGUCAAGGACGUGCAGCUACUGGAGGCACUUCUACGUCCGCCAGCACGGACUCUGGCGCGCGUUCACGAAGGCGGCGGAGUACAACCUCAUGAUCUGCACGCUGCCGCUGGAACUGCAGCUGGACCCCAAGGCCAUGAACUGGACCGUCUGCAAGUGCCACCAGGGUGACAUGUAUCGCAAAAGCUUUUCCACCGUCAAGAGGGGGCUCGUCCUGGGCUACGCCAUGGCGAUAUCCUGGUACGAGAACCUGCUGCAGGAGCUCAACGGUGUGGCCACGUCGUUCUCCGACUUCGACGAGGAAUCGGAUGUCGGGUGUGACGAGUUUGAUGAGCAGCACUUCCUCAAGCGGGACCCCGCCAUCUACGAGGGCGUCAACACCGUGGAGCGGGCGUUCCUGUCGGCCAAGAGGCGCAAGAUGGUGCUGGCAGGCGAUCGCGGCUUCGGCUCCAUGGGCAGGUCAGGGUCGCGAGCCGACAGCGACCUGGUGGACCCCCGCAUUAUCGCAAGUGCAAAAGAGAAGCUCAUGCUCGACCACAACCUCUGGUACGCGGACAUCCAGAACCUGUUCCCGGAGGUGACCCCGGACGGCUUCGUCGAUCCGGAGCCUGCGAAGGGCAUGACGCUGCGGAAUCUCGUGGCGCAGUAUUCGGAGCUCAAGGACUACUUCACCCUGUCCCUGAAACACGUGGACGAGUGCGUGUACACGCUCAAGAUGUGCGUGAACAACGCGCUCACCAAGGGCAACAUGGACCUGGUGGAGCCUAUACUGCGUCUGAACGACGACAAGAAACUCGCCGACGUGAUCCCGCAGGUGCCGAUGCAGUGGGUAUCGUUCCAGCAGGCCAACGACAGCUGGACGUGUGUGCUAGAGUGCCACGCGUGCAUAACGUGCGCCCCGCGCGCCUGCACGAAGCAGAACUGCACCAAGUUCCAGAACGGCAAGGAGGUGAUAGAGCUGCUCCGCAAGAAGUUCGGCCCGUGCUCAGUCGAGUUCACCCGCAACCCGUUUCAGGCUAACGAGGGCGAGUCCGCAGAGCCCGCCCCCGAAGCCGACGAGUGCUGCGUCGUCGGCUUUUCGGCGCAGAAGUUCGGUUUCAACGGCGCGAAGGCGCUGGCGACGGAGUUCCGGAAAAGGUUCAUCCAGAUCGUGUUUUCAUCGAUGAAGUACGACGGCAGCUUCUCCGACGCCCUGCUCGGCAUGAUCGCGGAAGAGAUCGGCCUGCUGACGUCCACCGACGCGUACAUCCUGCCUAACAAGGCCAACGAAGAGCAGCGCCAAAACCUCAUAGAGUCGCUCACCUGCGGCGUGUGCUCCACCUUCGGCGACCGCAUGCAACACCGCAACGGCACCGUGCUGCUGAAGCAGCUGGUGAAGUCCAGCGUGCCAGGCAAGCGUCUGUCCGAGGUGUUCGCGCUCGAGCAGAUGGCCGAGGCGAUUCUGCUGGAUUUCAAGCUCGACAUUAAGUUCUGCCCCGUUCACAUGGCGUGGGUGGUGUGGUGGCUCGACUGUAUGCAGCAGAAGCGGGUGAUGUUCUACCGCGUGGAGGACCUCAUCAGCGUGAACAGCCUGGAGGAGGCGCUCGCCGAGCUCGAGAAGCACUGGAUGGACGCCGUGUCUGCGCACGUGGAAUACACGGUCGGACACGCCGCCGAGCGCUGCCAGCUGACCAUCACGUACCGGUUCGAGGAGGCGUUCCACCACCUCACCGGGCUGCAAAAGAACCUGUACGACGCGUUUCACACCGCGUUCGCCAUGGCACUGCGCGCCAUCACGGACUCCAGGCAGGAGUUCAAGCUCAUAAAGCGUCUUUGGCAGAUCAACAAAAACGAGCCGGAGGACCUGGUGGCGCAGGACGUGAACGCGCAGUCGUUCGCGCUCACCGAGACCGUCGUUUUCCCCUUUGGCGCGUUACACGACGAGGGCACACCGCCGCUCUCCGACGCAGAGUAA